CCUCCCCGGCAUCAGCUGUUGUGUACACAGAAGUCGUCCGUGUGCGUGUGUCCCUCGAAAACCUCUCUCAAGAACCAUGGUCGAUCAGGCACAACACCGCAUACAGGAGGCUAUGACAACCCUCAUAGAUGACCUUGAUAAGGAGUACCUUCGAGGAAUACAGAGAUCAAUGCAUUUGUGUGCUGCAGAGUGCUGUGAUAGAAAGGAUAGUUCUGUAGAUCAGGUUCAUCGAUGUAUUGAAAGCUGUUCAACUCCAUUAACCCAAGCUCAGGGAUUUGUGCAAAAUGAAUUGUCACAAUUUCAGGAACGGCUACAACGCUGCGUAAUGGUCUGCCAGGACCGUGUUCGAAAUCAAGUGACUGCAGACACUUCAGAAUCACAGGACUCCUCCCAACGUGGUUCAUCGUUUUCCAUGGCCAACAGUGCAGGGAGUUUCAUGCGGCAAGCAGCUCUAGGGAUAGGAGGGGUUACUGUAUACAAGGCAGAGUUCGAGGGAUGUGCCAUGAAAUGCGUGGAUGACCAUAUCAGCCUGAUGCCAUCCAUAAAGAAGAGAAUUGCAGGAGUUCUCGCCAAAAAUACCUAAACCUUGUUUUAUUUUAUUAUUAUGUUCUGUCGUUCUUUCAUUAACAGGAGAAUAUUGUGGCAAUUAAAGGUAGUUGCAAGUCAGGGAAGUCAAGUUUCAAGUCCUUUUUUCUAUUUGAUAUUAAUCAUCAUUAUCAUUCUCCAUAUUUUAUUAUUGUGGAGAAUGUAUGGUUUUAUGACCAUUUAAGAAAUGUUUUAAAAUUCUGGUUUGCUAUGUGUUGGGAGUGCAGAUUGUUGAUUGCAUUGCAGAUGCAUUGUUGAUGCAAAAUGCUCCAAGACUAGGGUUGAUAUUAUUUUAAAUGUGGUAUUGAAAAUUUUGUUGUGUAGUAUAUGGGUUUGACAACCUUUGUUUAGAAAAAUGCAAGAAAUUGUUUAUACUAGAAAAGAUAGUACAAGAUAUAUUUGAAUCUGAUUUUA